AUGUCAGUCAUGACGUUUGGAGCGACUUGCUCGCCAUGUUCAGCUCAGUUUGUAAAAAACAAGAACGCGGAAGAGUUUCAAGCAGCCUUUCCCAACGCCGUAAAAGCAAUUAUUGAUAACCACUAUGUCGACGACUUCGAACACUGCUUUAGCACACCGGAAGAAGCCGUACAAACAACAAAUGAAGUGCGUUGGAUUCAUAAACAAGGCGGUUUCGAUUUAAAGCGGUUCGUAUCGAAUGCCAAGAGUGUCACUGAGCAGUUAAACGGUAAUGCAGCUACAGCAGCAGACUUCAGCCUCGAUAAGGAGGGUUUCCAGAAAGUCCUGGGUAUGUAUUGGGAUACUGCGGAAGAUAUUCUAAAAUUUGCGCUUAUUCUUAGUAAGGUCGAUAAAGCUGUAGUCAAUGGCGAAAGAAGACCCACGAAACGUGAAGCAUUGGGUAUAGCAAUGUCGGUGUUUGACCCUUUCGGCCUAGCACCGGAGUUUACAUUAGCAGCUAAACUGGUACUACAAGCUGUGUGGAGACGGAAGACGGAAUGGGACGAAAGUAUACCGAAAGAUGCGUACGAAAUGUGGCUAAAGUGGGUUAAAAUGUUGGAGCAAAUUCAAAAUUUAAGCAUUCCACGAUGUUACGACGAGAAUUUCCUACGAGUUCCAGUGGAGCACAACGUGUUCGCAGAUGCAAGCGAUGCGGCGUAUGCAGCAGUAGCAUACUGGAGAAUCGACGGAUUAGCAGGAGCGACCAAACUGGCCUUUGUAAUGGGGAAAGCGAAAUGCGCUCCCUUAAAACUCACUACAGUUCCACGGUUGGAGCUACAGUCGGCGGUCCUUGCGGUCCGUCUUCGCGCUGCGAUACUGCAAAACCAUGAUAUGGUGCCUAUCAAGACUGUCAUGUGGAGCGAUUCGAAGACAACUUUAGCUUGGAUAAAAUCCGACCACCGCCGCUACAAACCGUACGUAGCGCAUCGUGUAAAUGAAAUUUUAGAGAACAGCGAAGAGUGUGAAUGGAGAUGGUUACCUAGCGCAUGUAAUCCAGCCGACUUUGGUACGCGUGUUCGAGAUGAGAAACGACAAUCCUUCUGGGCGAGUGGACCUGACUUCCUGCUCAAGGACGAGACGCAUUGGCCAACGGCGGAAACCUAUGCAGAAGCUCGAGAGGAGCUUCGUGCGAAAUUCGUCUCAUAUACGUGUGUGGAAAACGACUUCUUCGAAAGGUUCUCGUGUUUCAUUCGCCUAACGAGAGUGGUUGCGUGGAUGUUACGUUUCUGCGAUAAUUGUCAAAACAGCCAACGGGAUAAAAGAGGUGGUCCGCUAACUGUUUACGAGCUGGAGAUCGCGGAGCUAUCGAUCUGUCGAGGCGUGCAGAAGGCAGCCUACCCCGAGGAGUAUAACGACUUAAGCCGGAAAAGCCAACUAAAAUCCAGUAGCAAGCUGUUGAUGCUUUCACCAUACAUGGAUGAUGCGGGUAUUAUCCGUAUGAAGGGGCGAAUCGACAAUGCGGAUGCAGUCCCAAUAAAUACUCGCAGGCCCAUCAUCCUACCUCAAGCGCAUCACGUGACUGAUUUAGUCGUCAGCUAUUAUCAUCGAAAGUUGAAACAUCAAAACGAAGGCACAACUAUAGCAGAAAUUCGUCGGAAAUUUUGGAUACCUCAUGCACGGGUAUCAGUGCGUCGCGCUGCAAGAGAAUGCCAAUUUUGCAAAAUUAAAAGAGCUCAACCUGAAACUCCGAGUAUGGGUCCACUGCCGAAAGAUAGGCUGACACCGUUUGUGAGGCCGUUCUCUUACGAAGGCCUGGACUAUAUGGGACCGUUUCUCGUCAGUAUAGGACGGCGCCAGGAGAAGCGUUGGAUUGCGCUCUUUACGUGUUUAACAAUUCGUGCUGUACACAUGGAAAUCGCUAGAGAUCUCAGCACUGGUACGUGUUUGUUAUGCAUCCGAAAUUUCAUGAGCAGACGAGGUACUCCAUUACGCAUACGUUCAGAUAACGCUAAAAAUUUUAUUGGUGCCGAUAACGAACUGCGAAAACAACUAACCGAAUUCAACUCCGGAAAAAUCGCUGACAUACUUGCAAAUGACCGCAUAUAA